AGGAUGACGGACAAGUGUUUCCGGAAGUGCAUCGGGAAGCCCGGGGGCUCCUUGGAUAACUCGGAGCAGAAAUGCAUCGCCAUGUGUAUGGACCGCUACAUGGAUGCCUGGAACACCGUGUCCCGCGCGUACAACUCUCGACUGCAGAGGGAACGAGCCAACAUGUGACCGAGACCUGUGCCUCGGGACACCGUGCUCAGGCCACAGAUCGGAACUGCUUUCCCACUCGCAAGGGCAGCGCGUAUCUGACGGCCCCAAAGUGUGGCAGCACGGAGGGCUCCGAGUUGAGGCCUCUCCCCUAGGUUGCUGCGCCUAGCCCAGUCCCAGAAAAGUGAGGACCGGUUUGAGUAAGGGCAUCUGCCUGCCCCCACCUGAGCUGUGACCUGAGAGCAGGCCAAUAAAUUGCUGCUGGGACAGAGAA